AUGGCAUCGGUGGACGAUCUCAAGCAACCCUACUCCACUGCUUCCCCGUCCCCCAUCGACUUACCACAGCCACCACCACCACCCGCCGCCAACAUUUCCGCCCCCUCGAUACGCCCUUCCCAAUCCUACCGUGCGCUUGUCGCAUUCCUAAUCCUCGCGGCGCUGUCGUCCGCAUCGUGGUUCGUCGAGCAGUUCGCGGCCGCCGCAGGCAACCUCCGCCUGCCCAUGCCCGCCGCCGUCGUUAUCGUCCUACUCUUCGCAGCGCUCUUUUACGCUUCGAUCCACUUCUUCAGAUCUUUUUUCCUGGCACGUCCACCUGUCGCCGCGAUGCUCCAGUGGGAGAGGAUCGGUGCAAUCGCCGCCGUUGGGGCCGGGUUCGCGGCCUGCCUCGUCGCCGCUAGCGGAUUCGCGUAUCGGGUAUACCUGUUGGACCCCCAAAAUUUCGGCAAUGUUCUACGCAAGUCUUUCUGGUGGGUCUCAAAUUUAGAAAAGGGGAUAUCUGUGCAGUACCAGAAAUCAAAAAAUGCUGGGAUGUUCAUAUUGUGCUGUGUGUUUGGCAAAUUCUGGUGGAAAUUUGUGCAGUUUGUGUAUGAUGUUGACCGUGCACCAGUGACUCGUUCUGAACCUUCGUACCUUUCGUCCCCGGAUUCCUCCAAAAGGUUGCAGUCCAGGUAUGCUGUGGAAGCUAUCCACACAGACACAGCUGUUGCAGUGUUGCCUGUUGAUGUAGCCUGGAAGAAGCUUCCAAACGCAGAGCAGCACCAGCAGCAGCAGCAGGAGGAGGAGGAGUAG